AUGCUUCUGCCCAUAGCUGUAAGUUAUCUAAUUAACAUACAUUUUAUUUUCUUCUUUAUUUUAGCUGAGAUGAAUGAUAUGAAAGCAUUUGUGCAUCACAAGACAAGCUUUAUACCAGCUGAUGUUGGUGGAAACGUGACUCUGCGAUGUUCUCAUGAUAGUAAUGCUGCAAGUUAUUACUGGUAUAAGCAAGCCCUGGGACAGAAGCCACAGCUUAUUUCUAUGAGUUAUAGAUUAGAGAAAAGUGGUACUUUCCACAAGGAGUUUAAGGACAACCUGCGAUUCACUCUGGAAACAGAAGUAGAUAAGAGUCAGUUAAAAAUUUCUGAUUUACAGCGUUCAGACACAGGAACUUACCUCUGUGCAAGUAGCCGUUCAUUCCUGCUCACAUUUGGGAAGGGUGUAACAGUUAUUGUUAAGGAUUCAGUUCCGGGAUAUAAGGUUUUGGUCCACCAGUCAGAAUCUAAAGCUGUCCAGCCAGGAGGCUCUUUGACUCUGAACUGUACAGUAGAAACUAGGAUCUGCAGAGGAGAACACAGAGUUUUCUGGUUCAGAAACUCUGCAGAAAAUGAUCCAGGACCCAUUUACACAUGUGGAGGGAGAAAAGAUAAAUGUGGAAGAAAUCUCAACAUACAGGCCACCUGUGUGUACAACCUGCCAAUGAAGAACAUAAACAAGUCUCAUGUUGGGACUUAUUACUGUGCUGUUGCCUCAAAUGGACAAAUAGUGUUUGGAAAUGGGACCAAAUUGGAAUUAGAAAGUGAGCUGGUCUUAGUGUACAUAUUAUGUGCAGCUUUUAUUUUCACCACCAUUCUAAGUGCUUUACUGGCCUUCAUACUGUACAAGAAAUGCAAGAGCGAUCGUCGCCAAACUUCAGGAAGACAGCCUAAAUUACGCUUCUGUAAAUGUUACUCAGCCCACCCGAUCAAGAAGACAGAAGAAAAGCUUCGAAACUGA